AGUUUCAUCGCGAUACUGCUUAAAAUUCCUCGAAUUUCUGUAAACGAAAACUCUUGCCAUUAAAUCAUCGACAAGGACGGGCUGCUUAGCCGGUAGCGUAUUGCUUGUGCUUAUUAUUAAAGUUGGUACAGAUGGUUCGCCAGGAGAGUCCUUUUCACUGGUGCUUCAAGAUGGACGAAAAUCCCGCGCUACGCUCGAAAUCCAGGUGGUCGACGUGAAUGACAAUCCACCUCAGUUCAUCAGUCCUCUUUGGAAAUUCCAGACUUCGCCUGGAGGAUUCGCCAUCGCAACUCUUCGAACUCGAGACGUCGACACCGGCAUAUCUGGCAUGGCGAGGUUCUCAGUGGAUAACGACUUGUUCGCUGUGGACAAGGCUAAAUGUCUCGCCAAGGAGUGCUACACGACUAUACGCUUAACCCGAACUUUGGACUUUGAAACUCAACGAGCUCAUCAUGUGCUGGUAACAGCUGAAGACGGCAAUCCGCACUCGAAUCGUACAAACUCGGCCACACAUACACUAACCAUUCAUGUCAUCGACGAGGACGACCGUGCUUUUGAGGUGACAGCACCAAUCGGACGAUGUAAAGUUGGUGUGGAAGUCUUAGAUGAGAACGAUAACCCUCCCAAAUGCGUCCAAGAAAUCUUCGCCUUCAACGUCACCGAAAAUCAUAAGCCAACUAUUCUGGGUGAAGUGAAGGCAAUUGAUGCUGACUCCGCUCUUUACUCGCCGAUCACCUACAGUAUCCAUGGAGUUGGGUCGGAACUAUUCGCCAUAUCACCCCAGGGGAAACUUCGGUCACUUGUGCCCAUGGACCGCGAGAAACACGAGCAGUUCGAUAUCGUGGUCAGAGCCACAGAUGCGGGAGGCAGAAUUGUAGUCAGAGACGUUAACGACAACACUCCUCGUUUCGAACACUCAGAAUAUCUGCUAGAAAUCGAUGAGGAGAAGUCACUAAAGCGGCAGUUCGAGGCUACCGACCUCGACAUCGGGGAGAAUGGACAAAUCGUUUAUUCGCUGGAGAAUGUGCCAGACGGCAUGGCCAUCGACGUGUCAGGUGGGAUGCUUUUCAUCGGAAAGCUCGACCGUGACACCAUGGCUGAGCAGGACAUUCGACUGGUGCUAAGGGCGACCGAUAGAGGCCAAGCGCGACGAUCCUCGACUAUCAACAUCACCGUCCGAGUGAGGGACAUCAACGAUCACUGGCCUACGUUCACGAACUCACGCUACUCGUUUGUGUUGGAUGCCAAUAUCAGUCCAGGAGGAGUGAUUGGGUCAGUGAAGGCAAGCGACGCCGACGCAACGACACCAAACAACGCCGUGAAGUACAUGUCGGAGGAUCCACGAUUCCGAAUCGCUGACGACGGCGAUGUGAUCUAUGAUGGAGACGGUAUCCUUAGCAAGGCGAGUCACCGUGAAAACUUCGCUUUAUUCAUAGUCACAAAGGUCAGACCUUUAGAGAUCAAACAAAAGAAAAGGCAUAUUACCCAUGAUGAGGGAAUGAGUGCAAUUCAGUGGGCAAAUUCCGGCAAAAGAGGCUACACCUAUGAGAUAACGAGAGCCACUUCUGACGGAUUCGCCGACGGAGACGUUCUUCAAUGGAUAGAAAUGGACAAAAACACGGGCAUAUUCCGUACAAGACAACCGUUGCCGGAGAGAGUCAAGCAGAUUCGCCUUUACCUCAGUAUGAAGAAAGGAAAACGAGAAGUACCUGUGGAACUUAUCAUCAAUGUGUUCAACAGCUCUAAUUCGGUUCCAUUGUUCAAGAAGAGCAGCUACAAGACAGUAGUCGCUGAAGAUGCAGGAAUCGGAUCCCGGCUCCUGCAAGUGAAAGCCGAUGGAGAGGAUCCUAUUAAAUACUCUCUCGAAAUCACCACUGGACCCACUAACUUGCUCGAGAUUGACGAUGACGGUUUCAUUCGAAACCUCGCUAAGUUGGACUUCGAGGCGUUCAGAUACAUUGAAGGACGAGUUCUUGUACGCAGUCAAAGAGGAAGCAUGGCAUCCACUAACUUUUCCAUCAUCCUAACUGACGUCAACGAUAACAGGCCGGUAUUUGUUAAUGGUUCCGUAUUAUCGACUAACAUUGACGAAUCCGCUGAUGUUGGCUCUGUACUCGAGUUACCGUAUCCUCUAGCCAGAGACGGCGAUGAGGGCGAGUUCUCCCGACUUCUUUAUUCACUCGUCGGAAGCGAGGACCACUUUGAUAUUGAUAGAAGAACGUCCACAAUAACCUUGGCAUCUGAACUGGACUACGAGACUCAGCGAUCGCAUUCACUAACGGUUCGCUGUGUGGAUAACGCUGGCGAGGAGCCGUUCAACGAAGUUUUCGCGUCGGUGAUCGUCCUGGUUGGAGACGUGAACGACAACCCACCGGUUAUUCACAAUUCCGAUCUGGAUCACCUCACCGUUUUCGAGGACACACCCGUUGGAGCUUCAAUUUCUACUGUCAGCGCAAGCGAUCUUGAUGAAGGAGGUAAACAAUCGGUAUUUCUCGAUGCCAAUCAUACUCUUUUCUCUGUGACCGAUGAAGGGAAAUUAGUGGUAGCUGAAAAAUUGGAUGGCCAUGCAGGAGAAAGGAUUUGCUCUCAUAUCCUGGCUACGGACUCCGGAUCGCCACCACUCUCAGUCUUGCACCCGUAUUGCGUCACCGUGUACCCGGCUUCAAGCAACCACCACAGCCCCCUGAUUAUAUUCCCAAAGCCAAAUUCUAUCCACUACUUCGAUGAGAAUGUACAGUACGAUGAACUACUGCGCAUCAAACUGCUUGAGGAGGAUGAUAUGGGAUUGGUAACGUAUAAAUUCGAGCAGACAUUUAAGAAGCUGCGCAUGUUGGCUUGCCACCAUCUGAACUGUUCCUCUGUGCAUGUAUUCAUCUCCGUCAACGACCGCAACGAUAACUGCCCGCUCUUCUCUCGGCAGGUUUUUCAUUUGUCGCUUGUUGAAAACGACCGAUCUCCUCCACCCAGGCGGAUUGGCCACGUGCCGAUCGCUCUCGACGCCGAUUUCCACACCGAUAAUACUAAGGUGUGCUACAGCAGUGAGUCGACGUUGUUUUUCUUUCUCCAACCAACACUGCCCGUUCUCUACACAAAUCACAGUUUUGAUCGCGAACAGAAAGUGGAACAUCAGUUUAAGAUCAUUGCCUAUGACUGUCAGUUGGCUUGUAUUGAUCCACACCAAUCCCAGAAUGCCACCGUCACCGGCGUUCUGACGGUGAAUGACGUGAACGACAACUUCCCACGUUUCACCAACAAGAUUUACUACUUCACCGUUAUACAGGGACAAGCCUCUCCUGGAAAUCAUCUGGGUCAAGUAGCGGCAAUAGAUCCCGACGUUGAAACGAAUGGCUUAAAUUAUUCGAUUUCAGGAGCGAUAAGGGCUCCCAAGAAGAGCUUCCCGCUGUCGAAUGCACCAAUAUCGAUAGAAGCUGGAACGGGCAGACUGGCGGUCAAUGAGCCAUUGCGUGAGCCAUCCUACUCCUUCACAGUCGUCGUCACCGACGGCGUUGGUCAUGCGGACUCAGCUGCCGUAGUGGUAUGUUUUGGAAUCCUAAACCUCCUUGACAUUUCGAUUAUUACCUACUCACAGCAGACUGAACUACUCUUCGAUGCGCCUUUUGACUUUAUCAACAAAAAUGAGAAGAAUAUCGUAAAGUUGCUAUCAAACGCAACUUCACUGACGGCGGUAGUGGAUCGUUUACGGCAAAACGCCAACUUCACUGUAGUUCUGGCACACUUUCUAGACGCACAUGGCAAUUUGAUGGACGUCGACAAUGUCUUGAGGUUUGUACUUCUUGGCCGAAUGAUUUCUGCCAAAGAAGGGAAAAAAGCGAAUUCCAUCAUUCUUUGCGAAGAAUGUAGUAUCCCUGGCGUUUACACCUUAACCGCUGUGCUAAUAUAUUUAAUUAAUUCCUACUUUGUUUUACAUACCGAGAAGCAUUAA